AUGCAGCAAGUGUUUAACCUCGUCAUCUCGCUGCUGUCGUUCCUUUACGUCAAUGCUAAUGAAGACGCAAAAAGGUUGUACGAUGACCUCAUGGUUAACUACAAUCGGCAUAGACGACCCGCUAGUGGACCACACGAGCCGCUCACAAUAAAACUCAAGCUGAGGCUUAGCCAGAUUAUUGACGUGGUCAGUUCAAUGCUUAUCACUUUCACACAUUAUUACCGAAACGAUGCAUAA